AUGGAUGUGAAUUUGUCACAAGGUGGUGUUGGAAAUUCUUUUGGUGGAUUUGAUUUACCUGGAUCAAUUCAGGUUCAUCAUCAAGCACAUCAUCCUCACACCAUUCAUCAACAUCAACCUCAUCCGCAUCCGCAUCAGCAUCAGCAUCCGCGUCAAGGGUCUUCGCUGCAUUCAUCGGUUCAUGAUGGGUUUCCUCUCUUACAGAACUGUGAUCAAACUGUUUCGAUGACGGAUUACAGUAAGGGAGAGAGAAGCAAAAACUCGACUAGUGACGAGGAUGAGCCGAGUUUUAACGAGGAUGGUUUUGACGGUCAACAUGAAGGGGGGAGAGGUAAAAAGGGUCCGUCGUCGCCUUGGCAGCGUGUGAAAUGGACUGAUAAGAUGGUGAGGCUUAUGAUAACUGCGGUUUCUUAUAUAGGUGAGGAUAUAACUUCCGAUGGUGGCGGCGGUGGUGGUGGAAGUGGAAGAAGGAGAUUUACGGUUUUACAGAAAAAGGGUAAGUGGAAAUCUGUAUCGAAAGUUAUGGCUGAAAGAGGUUAUCAUGUUUCGCCUCAACAAUGCGAGGAUAAGUUCAAUGAUCUUAAUAAAAGGUAUAAAAAGCUUAAUGAUAUGUUAGGGAGAGGGACUUCUUGUGAGGUUGUUGAAAAUCCUUUACUUUUGGAUGUAAUUAAUUUUCUUUCUGAGAAGGAAAAGGACGACGUUCGGAAAAUAUUAAGCUCGAAACACUUGUUUUAUGAAGAGAUGUGUUCUUAUCAUAAUGGUAAUCGGUUGCAUUUGCCGCAUGAUCAUGCAUUGCAAUGUUCGAUGCAGAUAGCUCUCCGAAAUAGGGAUGAUCAUGAUCAUGAGAAUGAUGAUAUCAGAAUGUCCCAUGUCGAGGAUCAUGAUGACGAUGAGCAAGAUGUUGAGAUUGAAGAACGUGAUGAUUUUAAAGUGCACUGUGCUUCCCGCGGUGACAGCGCUAGCAGAGGUGGAUCCAUGAAGAACAUGAAACAAAUCCACGGUCAAGAAGAUGGUAAUACUAAUACACUUGGUAAUUCUUCAAAUUGUCAAGAUUAUUUCAACCAAGGUUCGCAUCCACGCGGACAAACGGUUCAUUCCGAUGGUAACCAAGUUUCACCUGAAAACACAAGAGCAACAUGGUUACAGAAGCAAUUGGUUGACAUUCGGCAAGUUCAAUUAGAAGAGCAAAAGCUACAAAUUCAGGCCGAGACGUUGGAAUUAGAGAAACAAAGAUUCAAGUGGCAGAGGUUUAGUAAAAAAAAGGACCAGGAGUUGGAGAAGAUGAGUCUAGAAAACGAAAGAAUGAAGCUUGAAAAUGAACGCAUGGCUUUAGAAUUGAAGCGAAAGGAAAUGGGCAUCAGCUUUAACUAG